AGCUGGAUAUACAAAAAAAAAUUAGGUAUGGCUGUCGCUCUACGUAGAGGUACUAUUGUCAGCGAAUUAUUCAGGAUAAAGGCAAGAAGACCUAUAGUUUAUUUAUAUAAAGCUUUAUCAAACACUCAGCCAGCGAUCAGUGUAGUAACAGAGAAGCAUGAAAGUCUGUUGACACGUAAAUUAACAGACUUAGUGAAGUGGUAUGAAGAAGUAACUGGAAUGGAUGAAGUCAGGCGAGCGCAAACUAGGGUACUUGAAGCUGAAGAAAAGUUUAUAGCUGCACAGGAAAGGAGGAGAGAAGCAAAUAAAGCUGUAACAGAAAUUCAAACCCAACUGAAGGAUAUACAUGCUGCCUUGGAUAGUACCACGAGGGGAGAGGAUCGUUAUGUUCAGCUAAUCACACAAGAACAUCAAAUACUCAAGGAAGAAAGGAAACUAAUGACUGAAUUUCAACAGUUAGAGAGGGAAGAGAGAGAAUACUUUUCCAUGCUUUCUUCAGCGGUUAAGGAAAGUCAUGAACAAGAGCGAGCACAAGCUGAAAAAACAAAAUACUGGUCAAUAAUUGGUUCCAUUAUUGGAACAGUAAUUGGAGUUGUUGGGAGCUCAGUUAAUAAUAGAUUAAAAAUGAAGGAAUUGCGGACAUUGAUAACAGAUUCUGUUGCAAAUAAUAAUGAUAGUGUAGGACUUCGUGCAGAAAUCUUGCCAAAGUAUGAGGAGGAGCUGUCUAGUGUUAUUGAUAAACUGAAAACUGUGGCAUCGCUUUCAGAUGUUGAAGGGAUCCAACAGUUGAAAGAUAUGGUUAACAAACUGAAUGAUGUAACACGAGCUGAACGCCACAAAAAUGUUGGUAACACAGAUGUUAUUACAGAUGCUUUGAACAAACAGACAGUAAUAAUAGAAAAAAAAUUGCAGGAGAUAAAAUCCACAAUACCUGUGUCUCACAUUCCGACUUCGGAAUUUGCAAAUGACAAAAUCACUGUUGUCACCAUUGAACAGGAACAGCAACUACAAAGACAGCAGCGUACAACACAGUUACUAAUUGUUGGAUCAGCUAUCCUUGUUAUAACUGUACCUCACUUGCUUAAAUAUGUAGGACUUGUGUAAUGUUAUAUGUGCCAGUUAAAAAGAAGGUAAUAAUGGUAGCCACUGUGUGUGAAAAAAAUGCUUAUUUUAUAAUUCUAAAUUGUUACUGCAGUGUUCAAUGAUACUACUUUACAUACUGAAGUUAUACUUUGUAAAUGUGUUGUAUUUUCUGCCAGCAGUUAGUAACAUGUUUUGUGUACAACCAAUAUAUUGACAUUUUUUUCACAGUGCAGUGAAAAAGGAGAAUGUGUGUUCUGUGCCUUAAAAAUGCUUAAAACAGGUGUAUUGGUACACAGCAGAAUAUAUCCUCUUCUGUACACUACUACAACUUUAAUUUUCUUAUUGUGUAUGUUAUACAAUUUUGUUAUAUCAUAAAAUGGCACAGUAAUUGUAACAGCCCUUGAAUUAUUACCAAUGGACAGGAAUAAUUAUACAAACAAUUUUAAUUUUUGAUAAUGUGAUUAGCAAGAUACUGUGUAUAUAUGGGGUGGGGGGGGUUGGCAUUGAGUUUUGAAAAAGUGUAUGAGGUCAGAGGGCCAAGGAAAUUGCUAUACAGUGCUGCUGCAUUAGGAGAUGCAUCUGCCAUCUCAUGAAUAACUUGCUCCCUUAACAUAGUCUGAUCAUUUAUUGUAUGAACUGCAUUUUAAUAAUUUAGCAUGAGUGGCACUAUUAUUGUAAAUUACUUAUAUUUUAUUGUACAGUGUAGAUGCCUGAGUAGCUCGGGGAAUACAAUGAAAACUGCCAAAUGGAACUUGUGAGAAAAAGCAAAAAUAAACUUGCACAAGAGUGAUAAAUGAGAACAAUAUAUUUAUAUAUAUACUCCAUAAAUUUUAUAUAUUAAUCCCUAGUUGUCUUUCACACCCAUUUACGUUAACAGAGGCAGUGUAACAAGUCCAGUAUGGGAGAUAAUAUGAGGCAUUUUGCAGGCAUAGCUUUACAUUGUUGAAUAUAAAAACCUGUCUCUAGAAAGUAUCUAAGUAGUGAGAGCAAAAGCAUUGAUACGAAACAAGAUAAUUACAUCAGUACUACAUAAAUGGGACCACUCAUCUGCUUGCUUCAAAAUAAGUAAAUUUUUACAAAGGUUUUUUAUGAUUUAUAGGAGAAAAAAAGUACAGCAGUCACAAAAUGUACAGAAUUCUUCCUUGCAAAUGGGUAUUUGUUCAUUGUGCAGUAUUACACAUUAGAAAUGUAACUCAUGUUUAUUGCAUUCCAUUUACUUAUUCUGAGGGACCUCACAUUGUUUUCACUCAUGUAAUCCAUCAUGACAAUUGCAGUAUCUGUUCUGUGCCCAAAUUGUACAUCUGUUCAGUGAUAUAAUGAACCAGUACUGUUCACCAUUGUUGAAACUUUCAUAGCACUAUACUUAGAAGGGCUUAAAUGUGUGACAGAGAAUGAGUCUGACAAUAACGUAGGCAUAUUCAGAUAUCACAAAAGAUAUAUAUUCAGGCAUUUACAUCCUCAGAAAGUGCAACUCAAAUAAAAACUUAUGUGACAGCAGCAUUUAAGCCUUUGCAAAUAUUACUAAGACAUUCAUUACUUAGAUCACUUAUAGCAUCAUUGUCAUUUGGAACAAUACAGAGUUUUCACAGAUACUCAAAAACCAAAAGAUGAUCUGUAUGUUAAAUGUCAUUGGUGUGGUCUUGUUUCGUACGGCAGAGUUUCAUGCUGCUCUGUGGAUAAUGAGGUUUUACUGGUGUCUCACUUGGUCAAGUAGUAUUGCUGACAAUUGUUAAUGGCACUUAUCAUUGUGUUCCCUAAACUUUUGUUUUUAAUUUGAACAUAUUUUUCAAGAUGGGCAAAUUAUGUGUAAAACUGCAUACUGCACUGUCUUACUGUAUUGGGUUUUAUUUGUAUAAUCAUAUGGUUUAUAAGUUUUGUUUAAACAUGAUAUGAACAGUAUUCAGGUGUGCUCAGUAGUUAUGUUCAAACAAAUAAAUGCAUUUAUCUUUUGUUCUUAAA